GAGAGAGAGACUUGCUCAGUUACAGUUAACAGUUGCACUGCGAAAUAGCGAUGUACUUAUUUCAGCCAAAGAGAAGCCUCAAAAUAAAAGGAACAACCCACGAGUUCUUUUGAAUAUCGUGUUAUCGCUUUCUUUUAAAAUAUUCUCAUGACUAUCCUCAUGAUUGGUGUUCUGCGUCUCGAGUGAGUACAAAAAUGGACAGACAUUUGCUAUAACCCAUGAAACCGUUGUGCAUUUAAAUGUGUAAUUGCCGGGGACAUCUGUUAUUCCAAUUGGCAAAAGCAGUACGUUAAGCCGUGUCAUAGCAGCAGGAUUUAGGCUACUGUAGUCUAUAUCACAACGGGUUCAUCGAGGUGAAAUAGUAAUAACAUUUCUACUUAACUCAUCCAUGAGAAUGGGCACUGUCGCGAACUAAACCUGUGGAGUGACAUGCGAUUUCUACGUGUCGGUAUGUCCGUGUGCAAAGACCUCUCUUCGCACAGUCAUGGUGGCGUUGUACCAGGAGAACACCGACGGACAAACACGGAAUAUUGCCCAAACCAUCUCGUCUAGACCUGUUUCGGUGGUGAAGGCGGAACGCCUAGAAGGCAGAGACUUUAUAAUCGCCGAUUACGCACGACGGAGAGCCGGUACGGUAGCCUGCAACUGUUGCCAACCGUGUGGGAUGUCAAAAUAAAGAGUGACACCUUUUCUGGAGUUUGUAGCAGUACCAGUAGACGCUUGCUCUGACACAUAACAGAUAAAAGACAACAGAGAAAGUGAGUGUAAGAGGGCGGGAAAAGAAGAGACCUACGUUAAUGUGGGGUGAUGCCCUCCCCUUGCCAAAUUUCUACCCUGGUGACACUCCUUCAUAACCCCAAUUUCUCAGCUCCUUCAUCAGAAUCGAACAGAUGAUCUUUCCCAAUUCUAUUCGCCGAAUAGCAAUAUUCUGAGGAAUCGUCCGUUUGGAACAGCGCAUGUGUAGAACACAUGGCGAAUAGUAAAAUAUAGCAAAGUAUCAAAUCUAAUUUGAAACAGCCCCAAUACAUCUAAUUUGUUUCGGUGGAACCCAGGACUUUAUCUUUUCCCAUCCGCGCACCUUGCAUAUAGGCUACACCUUGUAUGUGCGUGGCUCUGGGACCCAGAGCGCAUUUCCAGCCGCCGCUGGUGAUGCCAUGCCCCGCAAUCACAGCGGAGAUGAGGGCGGUGGCACAGGGCUCUGGAUGAAGGCAUCAUCUCCGGGCCGCCGAGCUCAGGAGUAUGGACUGAAAGAUGUGGAGACUGGUCAAAGUACGAUGAACAACGCAGUGAGGACGGGCGACGGUCUGCUUUCGGCGGGAGGUGGUGGUGGAUCCUCGCCGGGGACGACAGGUGCAGGAGGCGCGGAGUGCCUGCGGAGGAAGCAGGGAGCCCGCCUGAGUCUUCUCGGAAAGCCGCUGACAUACAGCGCACAAAGUGGCCGUCGGAACGCUAGCUAUCGCAAGCUCCAGAACUACCUCUACAAUGUCCUGGAGAGACCAAGAGCCUGGGCCUUCAUCUACCACGCUUUUGUCUUCAUCCUGGUCUUCGGCUGCUUGGUUCUCUCUGUCUUGUCCACCAUCCCCAUGUACCAGGACCUGUCCUCACACUGCCUCCUCAUACUGGAGUUUGUGAUGAUCGUGGUGUUCGGUCUGGAGUACAUCAUCCGCGUGUGGGCGGCCGGCUGCUGCUGUCGCUACAGAGGAUGGCAGGGGCGACUGCGCUUCGCCAGGAAGCCAUUUUGUGUCAUAGAUAUCAUUGUCCUCAUUGCAUCCAUUGCUGUAGUUUCCGCCGGUAGCCAAGGCAACAUCUUUGCGACAUCAGCGCUCCGAAGCCUGCGAUUCCUGCAGAUCCUGCGCAUGGUGCGCAUGGACAGACGUGGAGGCACCUGGAAGCUGCUAGGAUCUGUAGUUUACGCACACAGCAAGGAGCUGGUUACGGCCUGGUACAUCGGCUUCCUGGUCCUCAUCUUCUCCUCCUUCCUGGUCUACCUGGUGGAGAAGGAGUUCAACAAGCAGUUCGCCACCUACGCAGACGCACUCUGGUGGGGCACGAUCACCUUAACUACAAUCGGCUAUGGAGACAAGACGCCGCAGACGUGGACAGGACGUCUACUCUCAGCUGGCUUCGCUUUGCUUGGAAUCUCUUUUUUCGCCCUCCCUGCCGGCAUCUUGGGUUCCGGGUUUGCUCUGAAGGUCCAGGAGCAGCACAGACAGAAGCACUUUGAGAAGAGGAGAAACCCAGCGGCCUGCCUCAUACAGUGUGUUUGGCGUAGCUAUGCGGCUGAUGAGAACUCGGUUUCCAUUGCUACCUGGAAGCCUCAUUUGAAGGCUCUGCAUACCUGCAGCCCUGUAAAGAAAGACACGGGAGAGACGACGACCAGCCAGAAGCUGAGCUUCAAGGAGCGUGUCCGCAUGGCCAGCCCGCGGGGCCAGAGCAUCAAGAGCCGGCAGAGUGGGGGCGUGACGGACCGGCGCUCGCCCAGCACCGACCCCAUGGGCGCCGAGGGCCCCGCCACCAGCCCCGCCAAGGUGCAGAAGAGCUGGAGCUUCAACGACCGCACACGCUUCCGACCCUCGCUGCGGCUCAAGAGCCAGUCACGCACCGUGCCCGAAGCGGACAGCAACAUGGGAGGAGAGGAGUGUGUGGAUGAUCGGGGGUGCCACUGUGACGUGACAGUGGAGGACCUGUCAGCCCCUCUCAAGUGUGUCAUCAGAGCAGUCAGAAUCAUGAAGUUCCACGUGGCCAAGAAGAAGUUCAAGGAGACUCUGAGGCCGUACGAUGUGAAGGACGUCAUCGAGCAGUACUCCGCCGGACACCUGGACAUGCUCUGUCGAAUCAAGAGCCUGCAGACCAGGCUGGACACUAUUGUGGGCCCUCCCCAGGCCCUGAGCAGCAAAGCCAAGACCUUUUCCUCCCCCUCCCUGCACUUGUAUUACAGCCAGGCCCGGAGGAAGCACUCUGCCCCAGGGCUCCACUCAGGCCUGGGCCCGCAUCAGUCCAUGGGGGCCAAAAGCAGGAACCUUUCCUCCCCCGCCUUGCACUUGUAUUACAGCCAGGCCCAGAGGAGGAAGCAGUCAGCUGUUGGGGUUGACCAGAUUCUGGGCAAAGGGCAGAUUCCUGUAGACAGGAAGAUGAGGGACAAAGUCCACCCUGAGGGGGACACACUGGAGGACAUGAGCAUGCUGGGCCGUGUGUGCAAGGUGGAGAGACAGGUGCAGUCCAUUGAGUCCAAGCUGGACUCCCUGCUGGACAUCUACAGGCAGGCGUUGCAGAAGGGCUCCUCCUCCUCGGGCCUGACGCUGGCCUCCCUGCCCCUGUUUGAGUUCGAGGCCACCUCCGACUACCCCAGCUCCAUCCAGAGCUCCGAGCACGGCGGCGGCGGACUCCCGCACCACCACCCGCUCCACCACCACCACCACCACACGGGCCGCGGCGUCCUCCGCUCGCACAGCGCCAACCUGCCCCACGGGCUGCAGCUCAUCCUGGCGCCUAGCGAACUGAGCCUGGGCACUGGAGGUGGCGGCCCGCCGGGCUACCCCACCUCGGCCUCCUCGCUCAGCCCCUCGCCCCUCUUCCCCGGCCACUCGCCCUCCUCGCCGGAUAGCAACUUCUACCCUUGCUCGCCUCCGCCGGUCCUCACUCCCACCGGCCACCUGGGCCCCAACAGGCCUUCACACUCACACUUCCCCGAGCUGAACAAGCCCUCCCCCACGACGCCCGGCUGUCCGCCCGCGGCCGCCACGUCCCCGACAACAACAACCCUCCAGCUGCCCACCGUGGUGGCCACGGCACUGGGGAGGCCGUCGGUGGGCAUGAUCCCUGAACUGGUGCCCGAGAGCGGGGUGGUUCAGGAGGGCGGCAACACCCCCACCUCCAGCUCCGCUUGCCUGGUCCUGACACCCAACGAGGAGGCCGACAGAGCAGAUGGUGCUGGCAGCGGUAGCCAGAGUAGUGCCGGGGAGCUCCCGGGUAGCGGCGUGAGGCUCCGGAGCCGCUCCCCACGACGAAGCCCCAAAGAAGACGGCUCCUGGAGGAGACACCUGAGCCUGGACGUGGACCCUCUGCUGCUCCUGCAACCCACCGCGGCCGGCGACGCCACCUCCUCCUCCUCCGCCACCUCCUCCGCCGCCACCUCCUCCGCCACAGACCACCGCAACCUGGGCAAGUCCCUGUCAGUGCAGAACCUCAUGCUGCCCUCCAGCACGGACAGCAACCCGACCGGCACUCCCCACACCGGCACACACAGUGGCGCCACCUGCAGCGUUGGAGGUGGAAGUGCAAGUGGAGGCAGUGGGAGCGGCAACAAUAGCCACCACGAGCCCCAUGUUUCAGGCCCAGGAGGAGAGGCGGCGCCUAAAUGGGGGGAGACGGAGCUGUUCAUCGGGGACAGCAGCGAACUGAGCACACCCACCACCGGGGGGACUUUUGACUUUCUUUCUCAGCAGAAUACGGACCUCAGCUUUGUGUCUGAGCACUGAAGCACGUGGGGCGGGGGGUUACCCGGAUGUCCAAAGGGGACUCAGUGGCCUUGUUUACA